AUGAGGCCAAAGGCACCAACGGACAAGGGCAACGCUCUGCAACAGGAGAAGAGGAAUGCCCCGGAGAAGAAGAAGACGCAGAGCGUGAGAGGCAGCCAAAGAAACCCGAGGACGCAGGCUGUGACCCUGACGUUCCCUCAGGGUACAUACGGCGAAGGGAUGCGACUAAUCAAGUCGCAUAUUAACUUAAAGGAACUGGGCAUUGACGCACUCAAGCCCAGAAGAGCGCAGACAGGGGCGAUAAUCCUCGAGGUCACGGGGGAAAAUGCCAAAGAGAAGGCAGACUGUCUGGCAGAGAAGAUGAGAGCGGUCGUCGGUGGAAAAGAGGGUGUUAAAAUCACGCGCCCCACGAAACUGGCGGAAAUCCGCAUCCGAGACCUUGAUGACUCCAUCACGGUGGAGGACGUUAAGGAGGCGGUGGCUAAAGCCGGGGGAUGUACGCCCCCGGAAGUCAAGACUGGCGAGAUCAAGCUCGCUCCCAAUGGCCUGGGCACCAUAUGGGUGCAAUGCCCGCUGGUGUCGGCCAAAAGGGCAGCCGCCCCGGGCAAAGUAAAGAUUGGGUGGAUAAUAGCAAGAUUGGAGCUACUGGAAGCAAGGCCUCUAAUUUGUUUUAGAUGCCUGGAGAGAGGCCAUGUCAGGGCUCAAUGCCGUAGCAGGACUGACCGCAGCGAAGUCUGCUGCAGAUGCGGGGCGACAGGGCAUAAGGCCCAAGAGUGCAGUGCGGAGCCCAAGUGCCCAGUCUGCACGGCUAGAGGACUACCGGCAAAUCAUAAGGCCGGUAACAAAGCCUGCCCAAUGCCAUCCAGGAAGGCGCUUAAAAAGAGAAGGCGCGAAGAGGGACAACAGCAGGCGGAACCGUCGACCCCGCGGAACCAGGCUGUGGGCCAGCCAGCAAAUCCGGAGGAAAUGGAGGUGGAUACUCCUGCAAUGGAGACGGACACUCCUGCACCUCUGGAACAGACAGCCCAGAAUUAUUCUAACUCGGGCCUGCACACAACGAGAGGAGAAGGGCCAGGAGGAGGCCAACACGGCAUCGCUUUCAUGCCCUUAAGAAUUAUUCAGGCGAACAUAAACCACGCCCGCCAGGCACAAGACUUGCUCUUACAAGCCAUGGCGGAGCGUGGUGGAGGCUUGGCCAUUGUGGCGGAGCCAUGGAGGGUGCCGAAUCACCCAUGUUGGGCGGUGAAUCAGGAGAACUCAGUGGCUAUACACUGGAGACGCACGAGGGAGCAACACAUACCAUGUUGUAAAAAGGGCGAGGGACCAGGUUGGGCUAUGGUGGAAUGGGACCCCCUAACGAUAAUAGGGGUCUACCUUAGGCCCAGCCUGUCACGCGCGGAGCUGGAGGAGCGACUGGAGGAUCUGGAGCAACAGGUCCGAGCGGUCCUUCCGAGGCCAAUACUGGUCGCCGGGGACUUCAACGCCAAGUCGGCGCUUUGGGGUUCCCGGCGGCCAGAUGCCAAGGGCGCGGAGGUGGAGGCCUGGGCAGACCGCCUGGGCCUCCACCUCAUGAAUACAGGCACAACCAGUACGUGCGUUAGACCGCAGGGAGAAUCAAUAGUGGACAUAACGUGGAUCUCCCCUGCGGCCACUAGAAUAGUCACGGCCUGGAGGGUGGCGGAGGAUAUAGUUCUCCUCUCUGACCAUCUUCCGCUGGAGAUGGAGAUUCGAUUGGCUCCCGUAGGAGGGGUUGGGCCCGAGGAUGGGAGACCACUUAGGUGGUCGAUUAAAAAGAUGGACCCUGACAAGUUGCAGGCGUCUCUGGCGGCGGAAACUUGGGUCGCGAGGGCGCCAGUGAUGCAGGAAGGGAACAUCGAGAACGAGAGAAGUCAUCCGGGCAAGAAGAAAGGUUCAAAGGGAGAGACGGAGAACCGCCGUCGCCCAAGGAAACCUGGAGACUCUCCUGGCACAAUGGAAGGAGAAGAGGGCACAGCUGAAGAGAGCGAUCCUGAAGGCAAAAGAGAAGGCCUGGGAGGAAUCGAUCAACAGCUAGAGGAAGACCCUUGGGGGCGCCCUUACAAGCUAGUCUUGGACAAACUUAGUAGGGGUGCGCCUCCAACGGUAGAGACGCUAGAGCCGGCAUUCCUCGAGCGAGUAGUGCACACACUGUUCCCAGCAGCGGGGAACAACGACCCGGCCCCGACGUCAGGAGAGGACAUCCUGGCCAAUGAUGAAGAGGUGGAGGAAGAGUGGCAAGAUGACUUAGAAGUCUCGGACCUCGAAAUAACUAAGGCGGUUAAGAGGCUAAAAGCGGGCAAAGCCCCUGGCCCGGACGGGAUUCCAGGGAUCGCUUGGAAGACGGCCAUGAGGGAGAUUGCAAAGAGGCUAGGCGAGGUUAUGAACGCCUGUCUCAGAAUGGGUUAUUUCCCACAACUAUGGAAGGAGGCGAAGAUGGUCCUCCUCCCAAAAGAGGGUAAACCGGCGGAGCUCCCGUCGAGCUACCGCCCUAUCUGCUUGCUCGACGAGGCGGGAAAGGUGUUUGAGAGGGUAAUCACCUCCCGGCUUGUUCGGAGUUUGGAGGACGGAGAGGGAGAGGGCCUCCACGUGAGACAGUAUGGCUUCAGGGAAGCUAGGUCCACGGUCGACGCAAUCAUAACGAUAGGGCAAUAUCUGGAGAACAGGACAAUAACCUGUACUGAUAAGAACGCGGCCCAAAGAAGAUGGAACGCGGAGAGCGGCGUCCCGCAGGGCUCGGUUUUGGGACCAGUCCUGUGGGACGUCGCCUACGACGAGGUCCUCCGGACCGCCCUGCCCUCCGGCUGCACCAUGAUCUGCUAUGCAGACGACACAUUGGUGCUAGCCGGGGGGCGGGACUGGAAAGACGCCGUAGACACGGCGAACAUUGCCACCGCAUGCGCAGUACGCGCCAUCAAGGCGCUGGGACUUAAGGUGGCGGCGAAAAAGACGGAGGCGACGUUCAUGCACGACGGGUCGCACGGACCGCCGCCGGCAGCACACCUCGUGGUGGACGAUACGAGAGUCGAUGUGGGGACCCAGAUUAAAUAUCUGGGUCUCCACAUCGACGCGAGAUGGAAAUUUGAGGGACACAUCCUCAAAUUGACACACAGGUUGGGCAUGGUGGCUAAUUCAUUGUCACGUCUGAUGCCCAACCUGGGGGUAGUGGGCGGAUCAGGAAACUGUACGCCAGCGUGGUACAUUCUAUCAUGCUGUACGAGUCUCCUGUAUGGUUCGAGGCAGUGCGGAGAAACAGGAAGGCCUCGGCGGCCCUGCUGCAGGCCCAACGAAAGAUGGCGGAGUCCCGAUAACAGGGAGGAUAAGGAGGUACAUCAACCUCCAGGCGAAGGAGCGCAUGAGGGAGAAAUGGAGGACUCGGCUCUCGAGGCCGGACACUGCAGGCCGAAGGACAGUCCAGGCCAUACUCCCGAACCUCGAUGCCUGGCUCGACCGUCUAUGCGCCAGGGCAUCUUAUAG